AAUGAAUGACCUUGCAUAUGUUUGUAAAUAUUCAGGCACGUUGCAUGUGUUUGUGUAUACUCUAGAAUUUUAAACAAUUUGUUAGUCUUAAAAAAGGUUUGAAGUGGAAAAAAUGGAUUUUCAAGAGAUGACAGUGAUUGAGGAAAACGCUGCCGUAGAGGGACCACAGCGUAGGGAGUCGGGCAAGAGAGGAAGAAAGCCGGGGCGAAAAUCUGCUGACAAAAUUGACAUGAAAGCCAAACUAGAACGCAGCCGACAAAGUGCCAGAGAAUGUAGAGCCCGAAAAAAGUUAAGAUACCAAUACCUGGAAGAACUAGUAGCAGAUAGAGAGAAAGCUGUGUUUGCUCUCAGAAAGGAACUGGAAAGGUAUGUUCAGAUUGCCAGAGACAUUGACGAAGGAAAAAUUCCAGAAAAUAUCCAUGCCCUGUUAGAAGGUUCGACCAGCCAUCUUGAACUUAAACAACAUAGUAUGUAAACACAAAAACUUUAAGAAGGGCAUUUGAGUUUGUGAUAAUUUUUGAAACGGUUAUAUUUCUUUAACUGUUUGUGUACAUAUCUGUUUUAUUUUUCUAAAUAUUUAAUAUAUUGGAACACCUGAAAUUAUUCUUUUACUACAUACAUAAAAUGUAACAAUUUAGUUCUGUAAUGUAGAAUUUAAUUGUUGCAUAAUUAUUUCAGUAUCCCACAUUAUUUUUGUAUUAUGUUAAACUUAUGUGAAAAAUAUAUCUUGUUAAAUCUG